AUGACAAACAGUGAGGGAAGCCGUGCUUCACAAGGAGAAUGGUUGAGGGUGAAUCAAGCAAUGCAAGAGAGAAGGCUUAAGAUGCAAGCCGAUUUGGAGAGGAUGAUCAAAGAGGAUGGAAGUCUGAUGCAGAGGAGAAGUGAUGAGACUGAGAGUGAAGAGGAAGGAGAAGAGGUGAACCAAUUGGUUGAUGAAGUGAUCAAGAGGAACCAAGAUGACCAUGGAGGAGGCACAGAGGAGGAGGAUGAGCUCCCCAUGUACCAAGAGCACUACAAUGCUCUCUUCUCCAUGGACUUUGUGGAGACCAAGUACCCACAUGAUGACACAUGA